UUAAUUCAGUAGUAUAAGUUGCUUUAAAUUAUAAUUAUAUAAUAAGUACCUAUAUUUAUCAUGUCGUUGUAUAGAUUUAAGAUUAUUUCUCUGUAUCGCAAUUACUCGCAAGCCGCCGCUGCGGUUUCUAACCAGCCCCAUAAUUAUGGGGAAGCCGUUGAUAAAAAAAAUCCUUCUUUUGCAAAAAGUUUAUACGUAGGAAAUUUUGUACAUGCAGCAUUUACCAAAAAUACCAAAGAAGUCAGUUUACCAAAGUUGAAUAAAUUAUUCGGCAUCUGUGUAUCUAAAGAAUUUGGAGGUUUAGAACUGUCUUCAGCUUCAGUUUCGGAAGCUUAUAAGCGAAUUAAUUUCGCUGACUUAAGAGAAAACAUUGCUCAUGGUAGUGUUGUGAAGUGCAUUAAUAUGACCGGAACUGAUGAACAAAAAAGAAAAAUUUUACCACAACUAGCUUCUGGUGAGUGCGUAGCAUCAUUUUGUAUUUAUGAAAACAAACAUGGAUAUGAUAUUCAAAACAAUGAAACUAAAGCCACUCAAAAAAAUGGAAAAUGGAUAAUAAAUGGCUCAAAACAAUGGGUUAUGAAUGGAGAACGAGCCAAUAUGUUUCUGGUACUCGCUAAAACCAUGGAUGAAUGCAAUCGUCCAGAGAGUGAACACAAUUUUUUCACUACCUUUUUGGUUAAGAAGUCACAAAAUAGUGGUAUUAAAAUUACUGCUGAAGGAAAUCACUAUAAUGUGACAUUCAAUAAUGUUGAAGCUGAUUGUAUAUUAGGAUCAGAAAAUGAAGGCCUAAACUGUUAUACAAUGUUGUUCAAUAGUGAUUUUUUGGAGUCUUCUUCUGCUACAUUAGGUGAAGUAAAAAAUAUUGUUCAAAGAACUUCUAAACAUUUCCAUACCCACGAUCGGUCUAGUUUGAUUAAACUAGGAAAGCUUAAUAGCCAUUUGUACACUAUGGACUGUGUUUUGGAAUUUACUAGUCAAAUAUUAGAUACUUACGACCCUAAAAGUGACUAUGAGCUGAUUCUUGCUCGUUUGUUUGUGAGUGAAACUACACGUAGUUGCUUAAAUUUGUUGAAUGACUUAGGUCUAUCCAAGAAGUCAUUUAAAUAUAUUGAAAAUUCGUUAUUAUUUGAAGGUAGAUCAAAUUUAUUACCAGUUGUUGGUGCACUACUUGGUAUUCAGUAUGCUGGGCAGUUUAUGGCAGAAGAUGUAAAACAACUAAGAAAUCCACUUAUGUUUCCAAAGUAUACAUUAAGUCAUAUUAUGAAAAUCCAACGUUCGUUGAAAAAUAAACCAAAAUUGAAUCAUUACAUUGAGAAGCACUUGCAUCCAUCACUUCAGAAACAAGCAUUGGACCUAGAGUAUUGCUUAAGUAGAUUGCAAUUUGGUAUUCAGAACAUGUUUAUCAAUCUUGGCCCAGACACUUGCUAUUAUCAAAUGAUACUCGAAAGAGCUAACAGUGUUGCUAUGGAUUUGUUUGCUUUAGCAGCUGUGUUACAUAGAGUAUCACAAAAACUUUAUAAUUCAAAUACACAACCAUAUCCUACAGAACUAAUUUUCGCCAAUGUAUUUUGCAACAGCAUCCGUGAAAAGUGCAGUCAAAGUGUAGACGAAAUACUAGAUGCUCCACACAAUGUUGUGGAUCCACAUUAUAAAGUUAUUGGCCAAAAUUGUUUUGUUGAAAAAAAUUAUUUCUUUGAACAUCCUUUGAAAAGAAAUAUUUUUUGAUUAAAUUGUCAUAAAAUCCAAUAUAGUUAUGUUUGUAUGAAAUUUAACUGGCUGUAUUAUAUGUAAAUGUUACUAUCUAAUCAUCUUUUAAAAAUAAAUUUUUCCUAAAUAAUAAUACCUCAGAACUCUUAAAUUUGAUGCUGGAACUCCCCAUCGAGCUAGAGCUAUCUAUCAUGCUAUUAGAGUAGAAAAAGAGCCAAAUAGUUCUGUUAAAAGAAUUUGUGAUACCGCUGAUAAAUUUUUAAAUGUAAAACUUGAAUCUGCAGAACUUAGUUCCUUACGUGCAAGUUCUAAUGGUUUAUUAGAUAUACUUAAAAUUUUAUCUGAAGUAAUACAAAAAUUUGAUCUUAAAUCUUCAUCAGCUGAUUAUGAUCACUUCUGAAACUCCUCGUCAAAAUACUCCA